AUGAGUGGAAGCACCCAGAAGCCGCGUGUUACAUCUCAAGUGUCCCUGGUCAUGAGUGGAAACACACUGAAGCCGCGCGUUAUAUAUCAAGGGUCCCUGGUCAUGAGUGGAAGCACCCAGAAGCCGCGUGUUACAUCUCAAGUGUCCCUGGUCAUGAGUGGAAACACACAGAAGCCGCGCGUUAUAUAUCAAGUGUCCCUGGUCAAGAGUGUAAGCACCCAGAAGCCGCGUGUUACAUCUCAAGUGUCCCUGGUCAUGAGUGGAAACACACAGAAGCCGCGCGUUAUAUAUCAAGUGUCCCUGGUCAUGAGUGGAAACACCCAGAAGCCGCGUGUUACAUCUCAAGUGUCCCUGGUCAUGAGUGGAAGCACCCAGAAGCCGCGUGUUACAUCUCAAGUGUCCGUGGUCAUGAGUGGAAACACACAGAAGCCGCGCGUUAUAUAUCAACUGUCCCUGGUCAAGAGUGGAAGCACCCAGAAGCCGCGUGUUACAUCUCAAGUGUCCCUGGUCAUGAGUGGAAGCACCCAGAAGCCGCGUGUUACAUCUCAAGUGUCCCUGGUCAUGAGUGGAAACACACAGAAGCCGCGCGUUAUAUAUCAAGUGUCCCUGGUCAUGAGUGGAAGCACCCAGAAGCCGCGUGUUACAUCUCAAGUGUCCCUGGUCAUGAGUGGAAACACACAGAAGCCGCGCGUUAUAUAUCAAGUGUCCCUGGUCAUGAGUGGAAGCACCCAGAAGCCGCGUGUUACAUCUCAAGUGUCCCUGGUCAUGAGUGGAAACACACAGAAGCCGCGCGUUAUAUAUCAAGUGUCCCUGGUCAAGAGUGGAAGCACCCAAAAGCCGCGUGUUACAUCUCAAGUGUCCCUGGUCAUGAGUGGAAACACACAGAAGCCGCGCGUUAUAUAUCAAGUGUCCCUGGUCAUGAGUGGAAGCACCCAGAAGCCACGUGUUACAUCUCAAGUGUCCCUGGUCAUGAGUGGAAACACACAGAAGCCGCGCGUUAUAUAUCAAGUGUCCCUGGUCAAGAGUGGAAGCACCCAGAAGCCGCGUGUUCCAUCUCAAGUGUCCCUGGUCAUGAGUGGAAACACACAGAAGCCGCGCGUUAUAUAUCAAGUGUCCCUGGUCAUGAGUGGAAGCACCCAGAAGCCGCGCGUUAUAUAUCAAGUGUCCCUGGUCAUGAGUGGAAGCACCCAGAAGCCGCGUGUUACAUCUCAAGUGUCCCUGGUCAUGAGUGGAAACACACAGAAGCCGCGCGUUAUAUAUCAAGUGUCCCUGGUCAUGAGUGGAAGCACCCAGAAGCCGCGCGUUAUAUAUCAAGUGUCCCUGGUCAUGAGUGGAAGCACCCAGAAGCCGCGUGUUACAUCUCAAGUGUCCCUGGUCAUGAGUGGAAACACACAGAAGCCGCGCGUUAUAUAUCAAGUGUCCCUGGUCAUGAGUGGAAGCACCCAGAAGCCGCGUGUUACAUCUCAAGUGUCCCUGGUCAUGAGUGGAAACACACAGAAGCCGCGCGUUAUAUAUCAAGUGUCCCUGGUCAUGAGUGGAAGCACCCAGAAGCCGCGUGUUACAUCUCAAGUGUCCCUGGUCAUGAGUGGAAACACACAGAAGCCGCGCGUUAUAUAUCAAGUGUCCCUGGUCAAGAGUGGAAGCACCCAGAAGCCGCGUGUUACAUCUCAAGUGUCCCUGGUCAUGAGUGGAAACACACAGAAGCCGCGCGUUAUAUAUCAAGUGUCCCUGGUCAUGAGUGGAAGCACCCAGAAGACGCGUGUUACAUCUCAAGUGUCCCUGGUCAUGAGUGGAAACACACAGAAGCCGCGCGUUAUAUAUCAAGUGUCCCUUGUCAAGAGUGGAAGCACCCAGAAGCCGCGUGUUACAUCUCAAGUGUCCCUGGUCAUGAGUGGAAACACACAGAAGCCGCGCGUUAUAUAUCAAGUGUCCCUGGUCAUGAGUGGAAGCACCCAGAAGCCGCGCGUUAUAUAUCAAGUGUCCCUGGUCAUGAGUGGAAGCACCCAGAAGCCGCGUGUUACAUCUCAAGUGUCCCUGGUCAUGAGUAGAAUCACACAGAAGCCGCGCGUUAUAUAUCAAGUGUCCCUGGUCAUGAGUGGAAGCACACAGAAGCCGCGUGUUACAUCUCAAGUGUCCCUGGUCAUGAGUGGAAACACACAGAAGCCGCGCGUUAUAUAUCAAGUGUCCCUGGUCAUGAGUGGAAGCACCCAGAAGCUGCGUGUUACAUCUCAAGUGUCCCUGGUCAUGAGUGGAAACACACAGAAGCCGCGCGUUAUAUAUCAAGUGUCCCUGGUCAAGAGUGGAAGCACCCAGAAGCCGCGUGUUACAUCUCAAGUGUCCCUGGUCAUGAGUGGAAACACACAGAAGCCGCGCGUUAUAUAUCAAGUGUCCCUGGUCAUGAGUGGAAGCACCCAGAAGCCGCAUGUUACAUCUCAAGUGUCCCUGGUCAUGAGUGGAAACACACAGAAGCCGCGCGUUAUAUAUCAAGUGUCCCUGGUCAAGAGUGGAAGCACCCAGAAGCCGCGUGUUACAUCUCAAGUGUCCCUGGUCAUGAGUGGAAACACACAGAAGCCGCGCGUUAUAUAUCAAGUAUCCCUGGUCAUGAGUGGAAGCACCCAGAAGCCGCGUGUUACAUCUCAAGUGUCCCUGAGCAUGAGUGGAAACACACAGAAGCCGCGCGUUAUAUAUCAAGUGUCCCUGGUCAAGAGUGGAAGCACCCAGAAGCCGCGUGUUACAUCUCAAGUGUCCCUGGUCAUGAGUGGAAACACACAGAAGCCGCGCGUUAUAUAUCAAGUGUCCCUGGUCAAGAGUGGAAGCACCCAGAAGCCGCGUGUUACAUCUCAAGUGUCCCUGGUCAUGAGUGGAAACACACAGAAGCCGCAGUCGAGCCUGUCGGAGGCGCGGGAGUAUGGCAGUGGGACUGCGCGCGGUCUGUGUCCACGGAGGCUCGAAGGUGUUCCUCGGAGGCGCGGGCCCUGA